AUGUCGAAGUCCGAGGCCUCAUCCCACGAGGUGGUAUCGGGUGCGAAUUCGAGUCGUAGCGCAACGCUCCCGGUGCUGGAGCGGCUCAAAACAGGAUCACAGGUAAUAGUGGGGAACCAUCGAGUAGAAAUCGUAAAAUACCUCGCAGAAGGUGGCUUUGCGCAUAUCUAUGUUGUUAAGUUCGUGGAAUAUGCGAACGAGCUCGAGCAGGCGCCAUCGAUCACAUUGAAGGUCGGCGAAACCGCCUGCCUCAAAAGAGUGCUGGUUACGGACGAAAACGGCCUUAACGAGAUGAGGAAUGAGGUGAGCGUCAUGAAGCAGCUUUCAGGCUGUCCCAACAUUGUGCAAUACUAUGACUCCCACGCAUCUAGAUCUCGCGACGGAGUGCCUGGUUUUGAGGUUAUGCUAUUGAUGGAGCUCUGCCCGAACAACUCCCUAUUGGAUUACAUGAACCAGCGCCUGACUACUAAGCUUUCAGAACAGGAGAUCCUAAAAAUCAUGUUUGAUGUCACCAGAGCGUUGGCACAAAUGCACUACUUGCCGAUACCUCUCAUCCACCGCGACGUCAAGAUCGAAAACGUCCUGGUGGAUGGAGAUAAUAAUUUCAAGUUGUGUGACUUUGGAUCAACUUCAACUUGCCUCCCAGUCGCGAACACUCAUCAGGAAAUUGCCGUAUUAACCAAUAACAUUUACAUUCACACCACGCCACAGUACCGGUCGCCCGAGAUGAUUGACCUAUAUAGGUGCCUCCCAAUCGACGAGAAAUCUGAUAUAUGGGCACUAGGAAUAUUCCUCUACAAGCUAUUGUUCUACACAACCCCUUUCGAACUCACGGGGCAGUUCGCAAUUCUGCAUUCCAAAUACGAAUUUCCAAUCAACAACUACUCUUCCAAGCUCAUCAACCUGAUUAUUAUCAUGCUGGCAGAGAACCCGAACUUAAGGCCUAACAUUUACCAAAUUAUGGACAAUUUAUGCUCGAUCAUGAAAGUUGAAAAUCCAAUAGAAGAUAAAUAUGGCAUGGGACCUUACAGUUUUGAGAAGUACUCGGCAUAUCAAGCAAAAUUGCAGAAGGUGCAGUACCAGAUGUAUCUUGCCUACGAAAACAAGCAACAGGUUGACAUACUGAACGACUUGUUCAUUAACUGCUUUGAAGUAGCUCCGAAACAACCUGUAAAUGUCGGCCAAAAGGGAAGCCAUAGGGAAUCUCAAGUGGCCGCUGGGCCACAGGUUGCCGAACUAUCUGAAACGGGAAAUGAGGGUACUCCUGCUGGCGAGGAAGACAUAGGCCUUGUACAGCGGCAAUUUCCUUCAGUUGAAGAUCUGGAUCAAUACUUGCACACUGAGACUAAGCGAGAAUCAGGGAGACAAAAUUCGAGUAACAUUGGGAGCCUUGAAGGAAGCUCACAUUCUUCGAGUAAAACGGAUCUUGCGGGGGCUCAAGGUUCAAUUUCUAAGCUUGCAGGAAAUUCUACAAACCCCGCACAACCCGCAGUACCGAAUCCGGGAGCUUUGAGCAUGGCUCGGGAGUCCACGGCGCGCUCUUCUAAUUCUGUCAAGCAACAUAAGCCCACAAAUCCAUUUCCAUAUAUUCAAAAUGAAAGAGAAGUCUACAGUUUGGAUCAGGAUUCGAAUUCGGUAUUUCAUGACGAUGGCUUAAACACCAACACCGAAGAACAGUUUUUUUCGCAGGAACCCGUCUCAGCAUCUGCAGCAGAUUUGAAGUUAGGGCAGGAUCAAGCACAGCGCAGUAGCGCAAAUGUGCAGCAGCCUAUGCCAACUCACCAUUUCCAAGAGCAAAUCAGAGAUCCUAACGUUGAAAAGAUUGGCGCAUUCAGUCAAUAUUUCUCUGCCACACCUGCGCCAGCUGUUCAUUCAACGACAAAUGAGCCAAACCAGACUGAAGUUCCUCAAUACUACGCUUAUCAAGGCUCCCAAAGUAAAAACACACAGCCUCAACCUCAGCCCCAACCCCAACCUCAACCUCAACCUCAAGAACAACAGCAGCAGCAGAUUAAACAGCAACAACAACAACAGCAGAUUCAACAACAGCUCCAGCAACAACGACUGCAACAGCAACAACAACAGCAACAGCAGCAACAGCAGCAGCAGCGACAGAAGCUUCAACAACAACAAUUACAACAACAACAGCUCCAAAACCAGCAAUUACAGCAACAACAGCUCCAGCAGCAGCAGCUUAAAGAAAACGAAAAAGAACUACUGGUCGACUUCUCGCCUGCUGCAAAAAAAGAGCCCCAAAAGCUAGACUUAACUUACGACAAGGUUGACUUAUCCACACCCAGAAAAGGCGGUUUCAAGGAAGACACAAACAUUUCACAACAAAGUUUAGCUUCAAGCGAGAGUUAUUCAGUGGAACUGAGCAAAAGCAAGUCAGAGUCGAAGAAUCGUGGAAAAACUAUCAAUGAAGUUGUCCCACAGCAACAACAACAACCAAGGGGAAGAAGGUCUUUGGAUCUUAAGUAUCAGGAAAUGGACUUUUCUAAAUCGCCCUCUCCUGAUCUGAAAUUACAGAAGGUCAAGACAAUAACACACCAGCAGCGCAAGUCUAAUCUCGGGCUUGAAGCCAAAAAAUCUUUCUCCCGUUCGAGAAAGUCGCUUGAUCUUGACCACGCUAGACGUGAAGCCGCGAACAGUAGCGAAAAUACCUCGAGUAAACGCAAGUCCUUCUUUGGCAAAUUUAAAAGCUGA